UAAAGCUCCGUGGUAAUGUUUACUUCUCGGAUAUAACGGCGUGUGCUGCUGAUGGCGCUGAUGGGGGGCAGACGCGCUUUUUAAUGCCCCUUGAGAUCUUUAUUUGCCACAAAGCUUGGUUUAAAACGCUUGACACUUCUGGCUGAGGGAGAAACGGGGCCGCGUUCAUGAUGGCGAUGUUCCGCAGUUUCGUCUCGGCCGCCCAGCUGAGGCAGCAGCAGCAGCAGCAGCAGGGGCAACAGAGCGGGGCAGUCGGGGGGGACAGCCUGGAGAGCCAGUUCUCCUGCCCCAUCUGCCUGGAGGUCUACCACAAACCCGUCAGCAUCGCCAGCUGCGCCCAUACGUUCUGCGGGGACUGUCUUCAGCCUUGUCUGCAGGUGACGUCCCCUCUCUGUCCCCUGUGCCGCAUGCCUUUCGACCCAAAGAAAGUGGACAAGUCCUCCAGUGUGGAGAAGCAGCUCUCCUCUUACAAAGCCCCCUGCCGAGGGUGCAGCAAAAAAGUCACACUGGUCAAAAUGAGGUCACACAUUUCAUCUUGCACAAAGGUUCAGGAACAGAUGGCCAACUGCCCAAAGUUCAUGCCCGUGGUCCCCACUUCACAGCCUAUUCCCAGCAAUAUUCCGAACAGAUCGACAUUUGUGUGCCCCUACUGUGGAGCUCGAAACCUGGACCAACAAGAGCUGGUGAAGCACUGCAUGGAAAACCACCGCAACGACCCCAACAAAGUGGUGUGUCCGGUGUGUUCUGCCAUGCCCUGGGGUGACCCCAGCUACAAGAGCUCCAACUUCCUGCAGCACCUCCUGCACCGGCACAAAUUCUCCUAUGACACAUUUGUGGACUACAGUAUUGAUGAAGAGGCAGCACUGCAGGCAGCACUGGCCCUCUCUCUGUCUGAGAACUGAGACCCAGCAGCCUCCACCAAUCAGCAAUGCCUCCCCCAGCUUCUCCGCCAAUCAGCACGAUCCACCCGAACUCCUCUUCCAAUCAGCAUUACCUCCCCCAACUUCUCUGCCAAUCAGCACCACUUCUCCACCAAUCAGCACCACCUCCCCAUUUUUUCCACCAAUCAGCACCAUCUACCCUAACUCUCUUUCCAAUGAGCACCACCUCCCCAACUUCUCCACCAAUCAGAACCAGCCCCCAACUUCUCCACCAAUCAGCUCCAUCUACCCCAAAUACUUUUUCCAAUAAGCACCACCUCCCCAGCUUCUCCACCAAUCCAAACCAGCCCCCAACUUCUCCACCAAUCAGCUCCAUCACCUCCAUCACCCAGUCCUUCCCCAGUCAGCACCAUUUUCCUCAGCUUCUCUGCCAAUCACCCGCUUACUCUCCUCCACACUGUGGCCAUAUGAAGGACGAUCUUUUAGAUCCUCUUUUAACCCAAACAUUCCCUUUCAUUCACUUCUCUUUCUUUCUUUCUUAUAGUCCGUUCCCUCUGUCUCCUACCUCUCUCUUUCUCUCCGUUUCACCAAUCUGUGCACCAGGUAUCUGCUCCAUCGGCUCUGGACCUGGUGUGCCAGUCACUUGAUGCUGCUCACAUGAUCGUACAUUAUCUGGGCAAGGCUCUGUCCAGACCUUCCCUCUCCCUGCACUGGACUGAGGCUGGACAUGGUCACAGUAACUGCUGUAGUCAAUAAAAAUAGCAUGACUUCACGACUUUAUCUUUGGAAUAUAACAACAAAAAGCGUGGCUUCACGUUUGUGAAGGAGAAAAGGAUGGGCAUCGCCAUCAUUCCAUUUUACUUCCACAUUUUCCCUUUCUUUCUGUGUAUUUCCCUCUCUUUCUCUCUCUGAUGUUCAAACGUGGACAGAUGGCGGCUCGAGCAGGAAAAGCAGUCACAUUUUGUGCACGUUCUGCUGGAUGGGAGCGUUAUUACGGGCUUGGAUGAUGUGUUUGUGUUGGCUGCGGUCACUAAGCUGGCACUGAUGGCCUUGUGCCAGCUACCCCGUCAUUACCAUGGUGACCGAUUUCAUGAUGAAUGCCUAAGACUCAUAUUCAGCACUGAGAGAGAGAGACAGACCAACAGAGCAGCUCUCCAGACUGUGUUAUUAUACAGUUAUUUUACUGUGAGCAGUUAAUGUUUAUAAUAUACACUGGGAGGUUUUACCUUGUGGGGAUGAUUAUUCCGCUUUAGGCAAUACCGGUACAGCACAGAGAGGAGGAGCUGAUUCAGUGUUCACCCCAUCCCGACACCGACAUGUUCCGUUUUAGGCCUCCCCAAAACAAUCCCCCCCCCCCCCACUUUUUUUAAAUCGUCGUGGAUACUUGCACUUCUCAUGGUUUUUCUACAUGACUGAAUUCUAGUACUGAUGUUGUUUUAUAGUUCUCUGACAGGAUACUAGUACUGCAUUUAUUCUUCUCUCUGCUCUUAACUGGUUACCUUGCUACAAUAAUAUUUUUUAUGAAGCAUCAGAUUAGAAGAAAAUAUAUAUUUUUGGAAAAACGUUUCAGUUUCAAAUGGUGCACUAAUACUGAGGAAGUACACUCGUUGAACUCCUGGGGAUGUGUUCAUUUGUUUUACCUUCUUUUUAUAUCGGUGGUCAAGGAAAGACUGCGGAGGGCAUGUAGUGGCGAAGCUCGACCACUAGAUGGCACUUGGCUAUAAGCGUUAGCUUCAAUGGGAGGGCAAGCAUGAACCACAGUCAUUCAGAGCCCAGAUUCGUGUGUCUAUUAUCAUUUAUUAUUAUUUUUUUUUAAGUUUGCAUGAUUGUUCCUAACCUUGUAUAGUGUUGAGAUCUCUGAGGUGGGUUAUGGAGGUUGUUGUAUAUGAACAUUGACUGUAUUGCUUUCAUACUUGUGGAUUUGUCACAUAAAUGAAAGGAUUAGGUGUGGUCAGGUGUUAGCCAGUGCCGCUGUAUUCUGUUUGGUGGUGCUGGAGACUCGAUGAGCUCUCUUGGCCACAGAAGGCAAGGCCUUUAGGGUUGGGCUCAACCCAGGAUCAGUCAAAAAAAGGGGAAUUGAGUUUGGAAGGUUUUGUAAAAUCCAGCUGUGUAAGUGAACGUCGGUGGUGAGCUGGUUGUCACCUUGUUGGCCAAACAGCCUCUCCCAAAAAAGGUGAUUUGAAUUGAAAUGGAGUUGAGCCUGAUUCUGAUUAGGACUCACUCGGCCUUGAUUUAUUGUGUCCUGAUGGGUAAGGAGGCCUUUCAAACUAGCCUGUAUAUGGUCUUCAUAUUAAAGGGACAUUCCAGUCUACAGCUUAGCUUAUGAUACCUGUCUGAUUAUGUAGUACUCUGUAGUGCAGCACCUCCCAGCCUCAUCGGUUUAACAGAAUUCCUGCUUUUGUAUCGUUCCUUUUUUACCUCCUUCGCUGUUCUCUCACCACAAAGUCCAGCAUCCCGCCGAUCUUAAAGGGGCUUUCCGCUGAUUUUCCAAAAUUUCUGUAUAGUUAAGUGGUUAAGAUGUAACCAAAGUCAUUCAGAGUGGUUUGGUGUGAAAUGCUCUGUUCUAGAGAACCGUUCAGAGUGGUGGUGAUGGGAACCAGACGUCUGCAAAGUUUAAUGUCAGUAUGAACGGUCAGGUUUCUCUAUAAUGAAGCAUUUCAAAUAAGUACACUCUGAAUGACUGACGUUGAAUUAUAUGGACAUUUUGGAGAUGGAUGAGAUUAGCUUUUGCUUGAGGAGGUGGGGUAUUGUAAUUAUUACUGGUGAUUCUCAGUAAUUGUGUUCCCCACUUAGUCAGAUCUACCAGGCGUUUGUAUGGACUGGCCACUCCUGCGUCAGUAUAGAUUCCAGUGGUUUUCACCUGUUAUAAAAUGAUACAUCAUUAAUAAGCAAAUCUUGCUUUAGAGACGACUGUGGCACUGCUGUAGUAGGGGGCUAGGCAUGUUUACAGCACAGUGAUAGUUACAUGUUUCCAUUUUGGCUGGAGUGUCCCUUUAACAGGCGCUUGGAAAAGUAAUGCCUGGGAAAAUGUUUGUUCCUGGCCGUCCCGGUUCUGCUCAUCUCUCCAGCGUAUUUAAUUUAGCUUUAGUUAAUCAAACUUCCCAAGCGUGUCACAAUCGUAUCGUAUUAUGUCUGUUUAUAUUGAUGGCACAGUUAUGAAAUCUAUUUGUUCCCAGCAAAGGUUUGCAGCCUGGCCGCCUGCAGAGAAGUGACUCGACGUGAAUGCAAUGUAUUUGGCAAAAUGAGAGAAAACAAAGAAUUCUUUGCUGUGAGAUGGACAAGAUAUUUACUUCUUGCUCUUUGUAAUUGUCCGGAGUGCUUUUUAAUCAUUUAGAGUGAUCACUCUUGAUUUCCUUUGCGAAGAGACUGCAAGUGGCGAAUUCUUUGAAGAGCUCUUGGUUAGUGUUGGUCUAGUGCUAGUACAGUGUUUGUAAUAUGACGUGUACGUGUGCUGAGAAGGAGGUAGGAGCUUCGCUGCGAGCUCCUCUGGAACUGCCGUGUGUGAAGCCUGUAGGAGUUACUGGCUUUGUUUGGUGGCGUUUGUUAGCUGAUGCUCUGCUUUUUAAGGGGAAAAUAAUCUGAAAAAAAAAAAAGUUGUACAUAUAUCUAGCAGGCUUAAGAGUUUCUGCCUCAUUAUUGUGGCGUAGGCUUAAAUCCUAAUGAAGGUGGGAUCACCUUCGUUUUUAUGAAGCAGCAUGUUAAAAAACAUUUGCACCUUGACUCAAAUGUCUUGACGAAUGAGUAGGAAUUUUGUUCCAGUGUUUUACUUUGGCUGAGUACUGCCAAUUGUGUUUUACAGCGGUCACAAAAGUGUGUUACAUUGUUGUUCUAUGGAAAAAGGGAGGGUGAAACGGAAGUUUGUUUUUUGCUGAGAAUGCUGCACAAGUAGCUGUUGUUUUUCUGUGGUGAUGAAUUACCUUUGACAUUUAUAGCCAACAGUGCUGUGGCAAACAUCAAAAAAAAAAAAAAAAACUCGGUUCCCAAGAAGAGUUGGGACAGUGUGUGAAGUGCAAAUUAAAAACAGAAAGCGGUGAUUUGCAAAUGCACUUUGUACUACUUUCAUUUGAAAACAAGUCAAAGACAAGAUAUUUAACGUCCAAAUAUAUAUUUUUUUUUAUUGGGGGGUUGGACUUUAACUCUGAAAUCAAUGCCGACAUGGUCCACAGUGAUUAGGGACAGGAGCAAGUAAAUAAACACCACCCACAAAUCCAAGUUUAGAUGGUCAGAGGAAGCCGUGUGUAAAAAGCGUCCAGAAAUGCUGCCAACUUCUCUGGGCUGAAGCUCAUCAGAAAUAGAAUGUUUUUGUGGCCUGAUGAGUGAGCUUUUCAAAUUAUAUGAGGAAAUAAUGGAUGUUGGGUCCUCUUGGCCAAAGACAAAAUCCAAGUUUGUUACCAGCAUACAGUUCAUUAGCCAAGAUCCGCAUCUGUGAAAGCACCAUUAAAGCCGAAAGAUGAGUAUACACGUUUUGGAGCGUCCUUUUUGGACAGCAUCUUUUUCAGGGACGUCCAUGCUUAUUUCAAUAUGACCGCACCAAGAAACCAGUUAAAACAGCUUGGCGGUGUAAUCAGAGUGCAGGUGCUGGACUGACCUGCCUGCAGUUCAGACAGUCUCCCAUUGGAAAUGUCUAAAACAGAAUUUUCACUGCUGGUCUAUAAUAAUGACCAUUUCACAAACUGUCUCAACCGUUUUGGAAUUGAGGUUUGUAAAAAAAAAUAUAUAUAUAUACAUAUAUAAAUAUAAAUAUAAUUAUAAAUGAAACAUCUUAUUGUUCACACAGGAACGGCCUCUGGAAAAAUGCGUUUGGUGUGUUUGUGGAGUAAUGUCCAGCUGGCAUUAUGAAAAACUUACAGAAGCGCAUGAUGUGGGUUUUAUGACCUCAUGUACUCAUGAUGUUUAAACCUUGAGUGAAUUUGGACUGAAAAGGCUUCUGAAGGCUUUGAAAGCUUCUCUCGCUGUGUAACUAGGUGAUGUCCUGCGACUGAUCGACCCACCCCCCCCCCCCAAAAAAACUUUUUUUUACUCAUUUAUUAUCGAUGCUUUUUUCUAUGUGUUUGUAAAAUACCACGUGCAGAUAAUAUCCAUGUUCACAGCUGUAGCAUAACAUGUAGGUUUUUAAACUUAAACUUUUUGAUAUUGUACUGCCUUUUCUUCUGUUCUCGUCACCCCCCCCUCCCCUUUAAGAAUUAUCCUGAAAAUGUACAAUUUUCCUGUUUUUUGUAAUUCUAACAUUGUCACUGUACAUCAUAUACAAGCUUCUGUGUCUCUUGCAAAUGUGGGACUGGAAUUAAACUGGGUUGGCAAAUAAACAGUGAGCUGACUGUAAACAGUGGACUAUAAAUUGACCACAGUGCUAGAGGAAUCAAAAUCACAUACUGUAUCCCCUGGGACUCAUGAAUGAACAAGGACUUGCUGGGCGUCAGUGGCUCGGGAAUAACGUUGGAAUGCGUGAGGAGAUAUGCUUUUGGACUUGGAGCCACUGCUUGCUCACCAGGAACCCUUCUCCUUCCUCUUCUAUGGGCCUGAAGCAGGUGGAGCUGGGUGUUGUACUCCACUGCAGCCAGCUGAGGGCACUGUAGCUGUCUAGCAGCGGCUUUUGGAGCAGGCCUGCCCCACCACCGGGUUUUUUUUUUCCUUCUAAUUUUAAUUAGAGGACCAGCCUCCUUGUGUGGUCAGUGAGAGCAUUGAUGUGGGACGGGAGAAAAAAGAAGGAGCUUUGGUUCCUCGUCCCAGCAUGGAGGCCUGAAACCACACUGGCUCCAUCACUGAUCUAAUGGCUGCAGGGCCUGUAUGUGUGUGUGUGUGUGUGUGUGUGUGUGUGUGUGUGUGUGUGUGUGUGUUUGUGUGCACUCCCAAUGGGAAUAUGCAUUUAUGGUUAAUAAGGAUGGUGAUGAUGAUGGACAGUAUAACAGUAAUAACAGUGAUGAAUGAUGAGAUGCUAACAAAGACGUGGGGUUUUGAAGCUGUAAUGCUGUUUGAGGUUUAAUAAGAUACUUAUACAAUGUAUUUGUAGCAGUUUUCCCCUCAAUAAAACCACUGACCCAUCCCA